AUGAGCUUUACUGGGCCGAUAAGACGGGGCGUACCUGGGCAAGCCGUGUUGAACGAUAGUGAAGGCGAACGCUUGCUUACAUUUGAUGGAGGAGUGAGGUCCUACUCGAGCGUGCUUCUCAUGCUGGAGCUCAUGAACAAGAUCGCACGAUACGAGAACGUGUUCGAAAACGAAUUCACAUCCUACCCUAGAAAUUUUAACGCCGCAAAUCUUCAUCCAUGUCACUACUUUGACAAGACGUAUGGCACAUCGACUGGGGGAAUAUCAACCAUAGCCCUUAGUCGCCUCCGAAUGGCCGUUCCCGAGACGGUUGACGCUUUUCGCCAGCUGUUGACCGAAAUGUACACGAAUACUCGAAGUGCAAUUCCUCUAGCUACAAAGUACCACCAUAAGCCCUUCGAGCGUGCUCUCCGUCAAAUGAUUCAAACGUACUGCAAACAGCACCAACCCGGUCUUUGCUAUCGCGAAGAGAAAUUCCCAUGGGGGUCAGCGGAGGAGCACGAUACAGACUCACUUUGCCAAACAUUAUGUCUGACUGCUCGGUCCAACGACGGAGCGGCCACCGGCAUAGACGACGAGGCGUAUCUUCUCCGUACAUAUGAUCAUAGAUACAGUCUAGAAACGCCUAAUUUUGUAACACUAUACAAUGACGGGGGUCGAUGA